AUGAAAGACGACCAGAAAAAAGGUUAUAUUUUUGAAAUAGAUUUGAAAUACCCUGAAGAUCUUCAUGAUCUCCAUUCGGAUUAUCCAUUGGCUCCCGAAAAUAUAUUUGAUAUUAAAGAAUUAUCAAAAUUAACAACAACUCUAUAUGAUAAGAAAAAAUAUAUUUUACAUUAUAUUAAACUUAGGCUUUAUUUAAGUUUAAGUUUAAAAUUAGAGAAAAUAUAUCGAGUUAUAGAAUUUGAACAAAAAGAUUGGUUAAGACCAUAUAUAGAAUUUAACACUAAUCUUCGCACAAAAACAGACAAUGAAUUUGAAAAAGAUUAUUACAAGUUAAUGAACAACAGUGUAUUUGGUAGGACUAUGAUGACCACAAGGAACCAUAAAGAUAUGAAAUUAAUUAACGAGGAAAAAAAAAAAUAGAAAAAUGGGUUGCUAAACCAAAUUUUGAUUGAGCAACUAUUUUUACAGAAAACUUAGUAGCUGUACUUAUGAAAAAAACUAUGGUUGAAUUGAAACAACCAAUUAUUUAUUUUAUUUAUUUAGGAAUGUGUAUUUUAGAUUUAUCUAAAACUCGAAUUUUUAUUAUAACGGAUUGAAAAAAAAAAUGAAAAAAUAUCAGAUUAUUAUACACAGACACAGAUUCUUUAAUAGUAGAAAUUUCAAUUGAUGAUUUUCAUACAGAUGUAAAAAACAAUAAACAACUUUUAAAUGAAUUUGAUUUUUCAGAUUAUCCAAAGAAUAAUAAAUAUGGAAUACCACAAAUAAAUAAAAAAGUUCCAGGUAAAUUUAAAGAUGAGCUUAAUGGUCAAAUAAUAACUGAAUUUGUUAUGAAAUAA